AUCGAUCCCUCUUUGCGUGUAUUUCCAUGCCUCCACCUGAUCACAACCAAUCAGAGCCGUCGGUUUUCAUUACCAUCCCAUCAAGUUCAACCUUUGGCUGCCAUUUCAAAUACCCUUUUUCUUUUCGAGAAUCGUAGCGCUGUUUCUUAUUCUUCUUCUUCUUCGUUCCAAGCUCUCAGAGUAGAGGAGCCUGCAAGAAAACAAGGGAAGUUUUCCUUUUUCAAGUUUCAAGAUUAAAGAAGAAUAAAGGGUUGUUUUGUUUGGUAUCAAUUACCAGGGAAGAAGAAGAAGAAGAAGAAGAAGAAGAAGAGGAGCCCAUUAAUUGGGUAAUCUUUUUCCUCCUUCAUCUUUGGUUUUGCGUAUACUAGAGAGAAAGGGAGAGGGGUUUCGAGGAAUGCGUGUAGAAGAUGGUGAUGAUCUUGAAAUGGGGGAUUCAAGAUCAAUACCGGUUUCACCACGAGCUUACAAAUGGCUGACGAAUUUCCAUCGUGAUUUGUUGGCGGGGGCUUUCAUGGGCGGACUUGUGCACACUAUCGUUGCUCCAAUUGAGAGGGCGAAGCUUUUGUUACAGACCCAAGAGAGCAAUCUUGCCAUUGUUGGGGUUGGUCGAAGGAGAUUCAAGGGUAUGUUCGAUUGUAUUUUUCGCACUGUUAGGGAAGAAGGCAUUCUUUCUUUAUGGAGAGGCAACGGAAGCAGCGUUAUUCGUUAUUACCCUUCGGUUGCUCUCAAUUUUUCUCUUAAGGAUCUAUAUAAAGAAAUGUUGAGGAAUAGCUUUGUAGAUGGUCACUUUCUUUCUGGUCCAUCCGCCAAUUUUAUUGCCGGGGCGGCUGCUGGUUGUUCAACGUUGAUUUUAAUAUACCCUUUAGAUAUUGCACACACACGCCUUGCUGCAGACAUUGGAAGAACUGAUGUCCGUCAGUUUCGAGGCAUCUGCCAUUUCCUUUCUACCAUACGCAAAAAGGAUGGAAUUCAAGGGAUUUACAGGGGACUUCCAGCCUCUUUACAAGGAAUGGUCGUACACAGAGGCCUUUAUUUUGGUGGCUUCGACACCAUGAAAGAGAUUUUGGUAGAACAGUCUCAAUCAGAGUUGGCACUGUGGAAGCGUUGGGGAGUGGCUCAAGUGGUCACAACCUCAGCUGGAUUGUUGUCAUAUCCUUUCGAUACAGUUAGAAGGCGGAUGAUGAUGCAAUCUGGCUUGGAUAAGCCAAUGUACAACGGCACCCUGGACUGUUGGAGGAAGAUUUAUCGAAUGGAAGGGGUUAGCUCUUUCUAUCGAGGUGCUGUUUCGAACAUGUUCAGGAGUACAGGUGCAGCUGCUAUCCUAGUUUUGUACGACGAGGUGAAGAAGUUCAUGAAAUGGGGUGGGUUGUAGUUAGAAGGGAACUCUUUGUCUGACAUUGAUGACAUCUUUGUAGCGUUUAGAAAUUAGUAUGAUCUAAAAGAAUACAAAACUUCAACAGGGGAAAGAAAAAAUCUUGUAGAGUCCAGAAACGAGCUCGAUCUCGUAACAGUGUUCCUAAAUCAUUCAUUUGCCUCGUUCUCUCUCUCUUUCUCGAGGUAAUCACAUGAACAUUGAUUUUUUUUUUUUUUUCUU